GUCUGGUAUUGCUGCCUCGUUUUCGUGUACAGGAUACGACGUCUCAACAGGCCUGCUGCGCUCCUCCCCCGGAAUUUUUCUCACCGCCAUAUAAGUUACGCCAAGUCCUUCCCGGUGGCACACAGGAAGUCAGUCUAAAAGCUGUGAUCUUGAACUCGGAGCCCGUCACAGGCAGUGCAAGCAACAUCAGAGACUGUUCAACAACACACAGAUCUGAUAUCGUGGAACUCAAUAUCGGGAAGCAUGGGAUUUCUCACCAUGCCUAGCUUCGGCGUGAGCGCGCUCAUGGUCGCCGUCUCGGUCAACGUCUAUGUGGCGGCCAGCGUGAUCUACAACAUCUGGCUGCACCCGCUGAGCCGCUUCCCAGGCCCGCUCUACAUGCGAGCCACGCGUUUUGGGUACAUCUUCCAUUCGACCCGUGGUACACUUCCGUUCGAUAUGCUCGGGCUGCAUGAAAAGUACGGCGACAUUGUCCGUAUUGGGCCAAACGAGCUCGCCUUUUCAACAGUGUCAUCGUGGCAAGACAUCCAGGGUCACCGCACCAAAGGGCAGAGCGACUUCCCAAAGUCUGAUUGGUUCAGCAGGCCGAUCAAGGAGCAGCCCGUGCACAUCAUUAACGCGGACCGCGAGGAGCACAGCAUGCUGCGGCGGACACUGGCCAACGGCUUCAGCGACAAGGGCAUGCGGGAGCAGCAGCCGCUCAUCACCAAGUACAUCGACCUCCUGAUCCAAAGGCUCCACGAGAAUUGCAGAAACGGCGAGACAGAGCUUGAUGUCUGCGCGUGGUACAACUGGACGACCUUUGACAUCAUUGGCGACCUAGCAUUCGGUGAGCCGUUCGGCUGCCUCGAGAACUCGACGACACAUCCUUGGGUCGAGCUUAUCUUUACCAUGGCUCGCGCCGGCACGAUCAUCCAGUCUUUGGGUUCUUUCCCAAAAGUGCGAGAUUUCUUGCUGUGGUGCGUGCCCAAGUCAGUGAGCAAGGAUAUGGUAGCCCAUGAAGACAUGGCCGUGGCCAAGAUCAGGCGCCGCAUGGCGGUGGGCAACGAGCGACCGGACCUGAUCAACGGGCUGGUUGCACGCAAAGAUGAGUGGGGUAUUUCAGAAGAAAAGCUAGCUGCCAAUGCCGGCAUUCUCAUCAUCGCGGGCAGCGAGACUACAGCUACCGUUCUCGCUGGUGUCACCUACUAUCUGAUGAAAGAUCCCAUAGCUUUGAAAAAAGCAACUGACGAGGUCAGAUCCGUCUUCAAGUCUGAGGACGACAUCAAUUUCAACAGCGUCAACGACCUGCCGUACAUGCUCGCCUGUCUAAAUGAAGCGUUAAGGUGCUACCCACCUGUUGCGUCUGGCAUCCCGAGAGACGUGCCUGCAGGCGGUGCCACUGUCUGUGACACAUUUGUACCAGAAGGAACCAACGUUUCCAUCCACCACUGGGCAAUGUACCACAGCACAAAGUACUUCAAGAAGCCAUUCGAGUACCGACCAGAGCGCUUUCUAGGGGACGAAGAAUUUACCGACGACGUCAGGGAAGUCCUGCAGCCAUUCCAUGUCGGGCCCCGCAACUGCAUUGGACGGAACCUUGCGUAUGUGGAAAUGCGUACAAUCCUUGCCAGGGUGCUGCACAGCUUCGACCUCAAGAUAUCGGACCGAAGUGAAGGAUGGCUGAAGCAGAAGAACUUCAACUUUUGGGAAAAGCCCCCGCUUUAUGCGCACUUGACGCCGCGACAAGAUUAGUGGUAGUGGUAGCAUUGAGGUUUGACACUUUGAGAUUACAGAAGUCUCUGGCAUAUGAUCUGGGCACACUUUUAUAUACUGCCGUUCCCGAGGCAAUUCCGGAGCACAAUCUAACGUCUGGCGUAAUGCCCUCGAAUUUUCCCUUCGUCGUACACAGCACGGCACAGACGGUCUUAACAAUACUGAUUCCCUGACGGCUGUAG